AUCACCGAAAAUAACCACCUUUGUCUAAUCUCAUUAAAUGGCUGAUGACAUAAAAAUAUAUCCUAUUCUUUGUGUAGGGAAGAGUUCAAUAUUUGUAAUCGUUUAAUACCCAAAACAGAUAAAACUGAAAUGCGAUGUGUUGUCGAUCGUCUUUCGUAGACACCGUCCUUCAAAUAGUGCUUCAGACUUGAAGUAUAACAAUUAUAACAGUUGUAAACAUGGCAACCUGGCGACCUUAUACCAUGGUAAAAACUCCUGUUGACGUUGAAAUAUCAUCGUCGUCAAGCGAAGCUGGAAGCUCUGCGCCAAAUAGUCCAGUAUCAGAUACCGGAUCGUUUGUAGUCCAACCAAAAGAUGAUGUUGUAAAGAAAGAGCUUCGAGAUGCAAUAAGACAUAAGAGGUUGGCUAAAGGUCUGGAUGAGCUACCGGAAAUUGAAGCAAAGAAACCAAAGACUGAUGAGCUCACUCCCGAAGAAGAAGAAAAAAGAAGAUUGAGGAGAGAGAGAAAUAAACUUGCAGCAUUUCGCUGUCGUCAGCGACGUAAACAACAUAUUGUUGACUUAGAGCUGGUUACAGAACAGAUCUCGAACAGUAAUGAUGAUCUGGAACAUGAGAUUGAAAACUUAAAAGUUCAAAAACAACAAUUAGAAAUGAUGUUAGAUAAACAUUCUUGCAAGAAAAGAGCAAACCGUGAGAAACUGCACGAGGAUAAUAAAGAAAACAGUGUAAAUGAUAAGUAAUUUUAGGAAAAUUUUGUUUCUUGAUCUAAUUUAACUUGCAAUAGUACAUGGUUUCUCUAUUACUUUGUUUCCUACUGUUGUGAAAAGAAUCUUUUUUCAUGACAGCACGAUGGUCCCACCAGUAAGAAACAAAUCAAAAAAUAUGAAUUCAUAUAUGUUAGGUAUAGUCAUGAGGUUUUGUUGCAUAUUGUUGCAUAUAAUUUGGUAUACUCAACAUAGGUAGUUAUCAUUUCAUUUCCAUAUUUCUUGUAGCAUUUUAUGUUUUAUAUUUUUUUGUCUUUUAAACAAUAUAGGAAUUAUGAUUGCCCAUCAUAAAACUUUAAUUAAGACCAUUAAUUAUAUGAUGUUUUUUUUAUAUUAGUUUUAACCUUCCCUUCACUACUUCACCAUCUCUUCUGAUUCACACAAAAAACUCACUUUUCUAUACAAUUCUACUCAUCCUCACCUCAAUGUUCGUUUUCAACUUUCUCACCUUUCAAACAUAGAGUUCCUAGAAUUUCUGAAAUCAGUUGUUGUAUACUUAUUUACAAGUCGACACUGUUCUUCAUCUUACAAAAAUCAGACCACACGCCAUUUACACACCAGAGAAUCACAACACUUGAAAAUUUUUACUUUAAGAAGAAAACUGACAUCCAGCCCAAUCAACUAUGGUGUCUUUGCCUAUUUGUAAAGAAUUAGUCACUCUGCAGAUUUUGACAACUACAAAAUUCUGUCAUCCUCUUCCAACACAUUCGUACUAUUCAUUCACGAAAGUCUAGUCAUCUCCCCAAGCUCAAUCCCAGUCUUAACGUCGGGCCUGGACAGUUUGGUCUAUUCCACUAAACUUUAUCUAACUCCAUUCCAAUGUUCCAAGAUCACUUCAUGUUUCUAUGCUACGAAAUUUUAAUGAAAUUGAAGAUCACUAAGUCUAGUGAUGUCUUAGGACAAAAAAAUGACACACUAUUUAAUAACUUUUUUAAAAACAUCACAUAAUUUGUGACUUUAUGAAAAGUUUAUGUUUGGGCAUUGUAUUUAUGAUAAGAAUUCGUUUUAUUGGCCUGUUGAAUGUAAAUUGCUUAGCAAAUGUAUUGUUACGGUAUAAGAGUGCUAUAUUUACUGAUUGUACAAAUUUUGCAAUGUUUUUGAUAGAACUUGUUUGCAGUAGCAUAUUUAAGAAGAUGAACCAUCGAUGUCUUCUUCAUCUAGAGAAAUACUUGCAUAGCAAUUUAAGACUAAAUGGAAGACUGUGAUAAUAUUCAACUUUGAUUGUUAUUGAAGCUUACAACAUGAAUAUAUGAAAUACACUACCAUAAAUUAUCAAGGCUGAAUAAGGGCAUCACCCCCAUACGAACUUUGUAACCCAACAGAGUUCUUACGUGGAUAAUUCUCGGUAGUUAUUAAAAUUGUCACUUUUUGACGACAUUUUGUUGACCCCUACUCAGUUCCAAUUAUGUAUCAAAAUGAAAAAAAUUAUUGGGUUGCAAUGUUCGGAUUGAACGGUGACACUGACAAUGACAGAACUGUAUAUAAAUCUACAAUAGAUGUAAAUUAUGUUUUCUUUCAACAAUUAUAUAAUGACAAGAUA